CAAAAACCUCUCCCUCUUCUUCUUCUUCUUCUUCUUCUUCUCUAUCACACUUCCCCUCUUUCUUCCCCAAACACAAACCCUAAUUCCUCUCCCUCACUCUCUCCAAUGGCCAAAUCCAUCACCCCAAACGCCAUCUCCACCUUGAUCGCAAACCCCUCCCCUGACUCCUCCUCAGAUCUCCCCGAACUCAUUGUCCAAGUCCUCGAUCUCAAACAAAGCGGCAUGAACAGAUACAUGUUUGCUGCGAACGAUGGAAAAUUGAAGCUGAAGGCGAUUCUUCCUUCCAGCAUGUACUCUGAGGUUCUCUCUGGGAAUAUUCAGAACUUAGGGUUGAUUCGCAUCCUUGAUUACACUGUCAAUGAUAUACCCAAUAAGCCUGAGAAAUACCUUAUUGUGACCAAGUGUGAAGCGGUUUCUCCUGCGCUUGAAAUGGAGAUCAAGACUGAGCAAACCGCUGCUGGUAUUGUUUUGAAGCCCAGGGAGGACGGUGGAGUCAAGAGCGAAGCUGCUGCUGGGAUUGUUCUGAAGCCGAAGCAGGAAAUGGUGACGAAAUCGGCUGCUCAGAUUGUACACGAGCAACAUGGAAAUGUGGCUCCUGCUGCACGAAUGGCGAUGACACGCAGGGUGCGUCCUCUUGUUUCUUUGAAUCCUUAUCAGGCUAAUUGGACGAUUAAGGUCAGUGUUACCAGCAAAGGGAACAUGCGUACAUAUAAGAAUGCUAGAGGGGAAGGUUGUGUCUUCAAUGUUGAGUUGACAGAUGAAGAAGGUACUCAAAUUCAAGCAACAAUGUUCAAUGAUGCUGCGAGGAAAUUUUAUGACAAAUUUGUUUUGGGAAAGGUUUACUACAUUUCUAAGGGAACUUUGAAAGUUGCUAACAAACAGUUCAAAACUGUUCAAAAUGAUUAUGAAAUGACUCUGAAUGAGAACUCUGAGGUAGAAGAGGUGGCCAAUGAAGCGGUUUUUGUUCCUGAAACUAAAUUCAACUUUGUCCAGAUUGAUCAGCUGGGUCCUUUUGUCAAUAAGAAUGAACUUGUUGAUGUUGUUGGAGUUGUUCAGAAUGUGUCUGCAUCAACAAGCAUUCGUCGGAAGAUCAAUAAUGAGACUAUUCCUAAGCGUGAUAUCACUAUUGCUGAUGAAACGAAGAAGACAGUAGUUGUGUCUUUGUGGAAUGAUCUUGCAACUAACAUAGGACAAGAGUUGCUGGACAUGGCUGAUAAAUCUCCGGUAGUUGCAAUCAAAGCCCUCAGGGUUGGGGACUUUCAAGGUGUUUCUUUGUCAACUAUAAGCAAAAGUCUGGUUCUGAUAAAUCCAGACAUACCUGAAGCAAAGAGACUAAAAUGCUGGUAUGAUGCUGAAGGUAAGGAUGCUCCACUGGCUUCUGUUGGCUCUGGUUCAAGUGCAACAUCCCCCAAUGGAGCUAGAUCGGUGUAUGCUGAUCGGGUUCCACUCUCUCACAUAACCACUAACACAUCCCUGGGGCAGGACAAGCCUGUGUUUUUCAGUGUUAGAGGGCAUAUAAGUUUCAUAAAGCCAGAUCAGACAAUGUCGUAUCGGGCCUGCAAGACUUGCAAUAAGAAAGUUACUGAAAGCUUUGGUGCUGGGUACUGGUGUGAAGCUUGCCAGAAAAAUGAUGAACAAUGCAGUUUAAGGUAUAUCAUGGUUGUAAAAGUUUCUGAUGCAAGUGGUGAGGCUUAUAUCUCAGUCUUUAAUGAUGAAGCUGAGAAGAUUGUUGGGUGCUCUGCUGAUGAGCUAGACAACCUUAAGCAACAGGAGGGAGAAGACAAUCCUUAUCAGUUGAAAUUGAAACAAGCUACCUGGGUUCCACACCUAUUCCGAGUCAGUGUUUCUCAGAAUGAGUAUAACAACGAGAAGAGGCAAAGGAUAACAGCACGGGCUGUUGUUCCUGUUGACUUUGCUGCGGAGUCAAGACUCCUCUUGGAAGAGAUAUCAAAAAUGAAAGCUGCACAAUAAGAUGGAUAUGGUGAUUUACAGUUUCUAAAACUUUUGGUUAACAGCUUUUUGGCAAAUGUUAUUGAUUGUAAUUAUAAAGUCCUCAGCUGGUUUAUAUUAUACAUUUGCUGACUUCCAGAUUGAAAUGCAAUGUUGCAUCUUCAAGUUAUUAGAUAUCGGCAUUCACGUUAGUGAUUUUAUGUCAUGGAUCAUUGCCUUGUUCUUUUA